GGAGGGGGAGGCGGAGAGGAAACAAAAACAAUCGCCCGGGCGCCGCCAUCUUGGGCCGGUUCUCUACACGCCACACGGGUGAAUGGGUAGAUAUGAGAUUACCACGGGGGAGCAGCGGCAGCAGGGCACCGAGGGCUGUUCCGCGCUGCCAGCGACACUCGGCGGGCUCUAGGCACGGCCGCCGCCGCCCGGAGAGAAUCCCCCGGCUCGGCCUUUUCGCCUCGCCAGCCCCUAAGCUGCACUGCUGGAGGGACAAAGUUGGGCUGAGCCGCGCUGCCUCCGCCGCCCGGGAGACCGGAGAGUUGAGCCGGGGUCAGAGUUAGGGGAGAGGGUGAGGAGGGGAUCGCGCCCCGCUCCGACGUGUGGGAGGCGCGGGGAGAAGGCUCUGCCUCCCCGCCCCUGCCGUCUCCUGCUGCUCGCUCCUAGGAGGAAAAGAAAAAAGAGGAGGAAAAAAAAAAAAAAAAAAAGCGAAGAAGGCAAGAACUGGAUCGAGCUCGGAGGGGUGGAUUUUGUGGAGUCUCCGUGUGAGCAGCGGCGGGGCGGCGAGGAGGAGAUGUGUCGGUGAGGAGGGAGAGGAGCGAGGAUCCAUCCAGGAGCCGAGAGGAGCCUGGCUCCAUCCAGCCUCCAUCCAGGCACAGCCGCCUCCCUUCCAAAGAAGCCCAGCUCUCCUGGAAGCACGGCAGCCAGCAAGGAUCUGCCACAAAGAACAUACCACCCUCCUCCCCAGCGCCUGGAUACUGCAUUUUAAAUUUUUAAUUUUUUUUUUUUUUUGUACCCCCCCGUUCCCCAGCCACUCUUGUGUGUUUAAAUACCAAAUAUAGCCUCUCGCGGGGGGAGGGGAUGGAAAUCUCCUAGAAGAAUUGGAAAUCUUGCUGGGAUUCGGGAGUGCUGGUGCUGGAGAAGGGCGGUGAAGAAGGGGGGAUGCACUGCCCUCGCUGCCUGGCCAAGGACUAGAGAUUUGCCACUUCCCGGGAAGCCCGAAGGUUUGUUUGUUCCCAGACUGUUGUUUCCUUUUCCCUCUCCUGGGCUACGCUAAAUCCCUCAGCAUUUAUUCAAGAAAACCCACGUGUAGCUGGUGGCUGGUUUUUUAAGGCAGUUUUUCAUCGACAAACUGACAAAAACUUCCUCUCUUCGGCCCGAGGUUUGGAACUGGAAUGGAGCUGCUUUUCUCCCAAACACUACACGGGGUGUGAAGGGGGAGGCAGGACGGAAAGAUCGCCUUGGACUGAUCCCGAUCCCCGAUCCGACCCCCGACACUCGCACCCACGAGGGAUGAUCCUUCACGGCGCCUGAUGUGGAAAACACUUGGAGACUCAGAGACUUCGUCGUGCUCAGCAGCUUAAUCGUUGACUUAUUUUGGUUUUGUUUUGUUUUUUUUUUUAAAGUGGAUUCGUAGCAUUACUUUUAUGAAUUGAAUUUUGCCACCGUUUGUACAGAAGCCAAAUGACACGUGUGUUUUGAAACACUGUUCCAAAUAUAUUUAUCCCUCCCUCAACCCGGAUUCUCUCUAGAAAGAGCCGCGGGGAGGUCGUCAGUGUCUAAACAAACCUGAUUUUUAGUAUUUUAUGAACACUACUCGCUGCAGAAAUGUUGCUAUAAAUUGCUUUAUAAAGGUUCAGCAAGAAGGGAGAUUUUUUUCCAGCUUGCAGGACCCAGAAAACUGGAUACUUAAAGUAACUUAAAUGUUUUAACAGCAUUGGAAAAUGGGAGCUGCUACUAAGUUGGCGUUCGCUGUUUUUCUUAUCUCUUGUUCAUCAGGUGCCAUCCUGGGUAGAUCAGAAACACAGGAGUGCAUCUACUACAACGCUAACUGGGAGAAGGAUAAAACCAACCGCAGCGGGAUCGAGCCCUGCUAUGGAGAUAAAGAUAAAAGGAGACACUGCUUUGCCACAUGGAAAAAUAUUUCUGGAUCCAUUGAAAUUGUGAAGCAAGGCUGCUGGCUGGAUGACAUCAAUUGUUAUGACAGGAAUGACUGCAUAGAGAAGAAGGACAGCCCUGAGGUGUUUUUCUGUUGCUGUGAGGGCAACAUGUGCAACGAGCGCUUCUUCUACUUCCCGGAGAUGGAGGUCACGCAGCCAACUUCCAAUCCUGUUACACCGAAGCCACCUCUGUUCAACACCUUGCUCUAUUCCUUGGUGCCUAUCAUGGGAAUUGCAGUGAUUGUGCUCUUCUCCUUCUGGAUGUACAGACAUCACAAGCUGGCCUAUCCUCCCGUGCUGGUUCCCACCCAGCACGCCUUUCAUAUAAUGAUUGAGGAUCCUGGGCCUCCCCCACCAUCUCCCUUGAUGGGUCUGAAGCCUCUGCAGCUCCUGGAGAUCAAAGCCAGGGGGAGAUUUGGCUGUGUGUGGAAAGCUCAGCUGCUCAAUGAAUAUGUUGCAGUGAAAAUAUUCCCCAUCCAGGACAAGCAGUCGUGGCAGAAUGAGUAUGAGAUCUACAGCCUGCCUGGGAUGAAGCACGACAACAUCCUGCAGUUCAUCGGCGCCGAGAAGCGCGGCUCCAGCAUCGACGUGGACCUGUGGCUCAUCACUGCCUUCCAUGAGAAGGGCUCCCUGACAGAUUUCCUGAAGGCCAACGUGGUGUCGUGGAACGAGCUGUGCCACAUCGCCCAGACCAUGGCGCGGGGCCUGGCCUACCUGCACGAGGACAUCCCGGGGCUCAAGGACGGCCACAAGCCCGCCAUCUCCCACAGGGACAUCAAAAGCAAGAACGUGCUGCUGAAAAACAACCUCACAGCUUGCAUCGCUGAUUUCGGUCUAGCUUUAAAGUUUGAGGCUGGGAAGUCUGCAGGAGACACCCACGGACAGGUGGGCACCCGCAGGUACAUGGCUCCAGAGGUGCUGGAAGGUGCUAUCAACUUCCAAAGGGACGCGUUCCUGAGGAUAGACAUGUACGCCAUGGGCCUGGUGCUCUGGGAGCUCGCCUCGCGCUGCACGGCCGCUGAUGGCCCCGUGGAUGAGUACAUGCUGCCUUUUGAGGAGGAGAUUGGCCAGCACCCAUCCCUGGAGGACAUGCAGGAGGUUGUGGUGCACAAAAAGAAGAGGCCUGUCCUAAGGGAGUGUUGGCAGAAACAUUCUGGCAUGGCCAUGCUGUGCGAGACCAUCGAGGAGUGCUGGGAUCACGACGCCGAGGCCCGGCUGUCCGCGGGCUGCGUGGAGGAGAGGAUCAUCCAGAUGCAAAAACUCACUAACAUUAUAACAACAGAGGACAUCGUGACUGUGGUCACAAUGGUGACAAACGUUGACUUUCCUCCCAAAGAAUCCAGUCUAUGAUAGUUGCACUGGUCAUGGAAGUGACCACAGGACUCUUCACUGGAGCUGCUACAGCGCACGGACUGCUGGCGUCACUGCUGUUCCGGGUGGCAAGGACGGCUGGUAAGUCUCUCUGGAACGUCACCAAGGGGUGGUUGUCCUUUGUUGUCCCCCUCCUCCUCCUCCUCAACGUGGAUCCAUGAGACUUUCUGCAUUCCCUGCUUGCACCUGAAGGACGUGACUGAGAACCCCUCACGUGCUGAAUAAGGAACUUGCAAUGAAGAAUCCAGAGCUGAACGGGCUAAUGAGCAUUUUAAACACUGACAUCCGAUUUCUUAAUCCCUGUCAGAAGAGACUAAUUCCUUUAAAUGAACUACUGUUAUUUUUUUUAAAUCAAAAAACAUUUCAUUUCAGAUUUAAAAACGACAAAAAAAAAAAAAGGGUAACUUGUUUUUAUUGCAUUCGUUGUUGUUUAUAAAAUGACUAUUGUAAUGCGACUACGACACAGCUUGUGAAUGUUCCGUGUGCUGCUGUUCCGUGUACAGAAACAAGAGUAAUCAAUGGGAUAGAGCAAAGAGGCUUCCAAGUAUUACUUAACCUCCCUCAACCAGGUAUACCUCAGUUCCACCUCCUAAAUUAUGAUUGACAACACUAAUUGGAAUAAUAAAGCGCUCCGUGUUUUGUAAAUGAUGUAUUCCCAACUCCCUGUGUUAUUUAAGGGGAAAGCUUCGUGCCCCCAGGAGUGGCCAUUCCUAGAGCCGUGGUUUUAGCCUUGUACUCGCUUGUUGUGUAUAAAAAAAAGAAAAAGUGCUGUUUAUUGAAAGAAAAUUUCCUUCCUCUUUUAGUUGAAAGCUUUUCCCUCCGUUUCCCAGAGUAUCUCAUCCAUUUAUUUAACUGAAUACUAUUUAGGUUUGCUGUGUCUGAGGAAUAUUUGAAACCUUAAGCAUGACUUUUUUUUUUCUUCUUUUUUUUUUUAAAUUUUUAAUUUUCUCUGAGCUGUGACACUGGAAAGCUCUGAAUUCUUGUUGGUUUUUUUUUUCCUAUUUAUGUUAGUGCCGAGGUCGCCGCGCGUUCCCUGUCCCGCCAGGCAGUGGGGGCUGUGUCACUGUUUCAGGAUCACCUCAGGAAGUUCAGUUCCCCCAAUUCCUCACCCUCUGCUCGCAGAUUCGCAGCUUCCCUCCGCUCAAAGCUGGGUGCCAUCGGAGGGGAGCGCAGCUCUCACUGCCUGGGAGUCACACACAGAGUUGUAGCCACAGAUUCCACGUCCCAAACGUUCCAGAUUUCAGGGAUAUCCUCGUUCUGCUCGCGAUACGCAACGCCCGUUCCGAGGUAACGAAAGCAAUUCCCACGGCCAGAGCACAGACUCACAAAAAAGGAGGAAAAACAUGGAAAUGGCUUCACAACUCCAGCACUGGAGUUCAGGAUGUCAAUCCUUAUGCUGGAAUUAGUGACUGGCAGCUGGGUGCCAAAGUGCUGCUCCCCACUCCUGUCCCACUGCCCUGAAUGGAUCCUUCACACCAAAUUCCAAGGGAAAGGAGCGCUGUGAGCCCUGGAGCGCUGUGCUGUGUCCUUGUCCUUGUGCCCACACCCAGUGUCUCUGGAAAGCAGCAGCUGGGAGCUGCUGAAGGCUGGCUGGAACCUGGAGCUGGGAAUUUGAACAGGGGGAUGUGAUGGAUAAAGCAGAGCCAGCUCUGGGCAGGGAGGGAGGAAGGGCUGAUGUUCCACCCAGGGCUGUGGCACUGCCCGAGGAUCCCAUUCCAAGGGGCUGUUGGGAAAGGAAAAAGUCCAGAUUGUGGGGUCCUCUUGGCUGGACACUUCCCUUUGGCUCCCAGUUUUGCUCCACUUUUAAUGAAACUUCACACAGAGCAGGACAGACUGGAGUUGUGAACAAAUCCUCUCCAGGGCCACCUCGGGGCUUUUGGCCCUUCCCUGGCCACAGCAGAGCCAGGGGCUGGUUUCACUCUGAGCUGUUGGAGAUCUGAUGCCAAAUGGAAGCUGUGUCCCAGUCCCUUCCCAGGGAGCUGCUGUGGGCUGGGGCUGGCUCCUCCCUUUGGGAUCUCCCUGUUCCAGCUCCCAGGCUUUACCAGCACCAUGUAGCACCCCUGAGGAGAGGCUGCUCCUUCCCCGAUCUCCCUGCCCGAGCUGCUGUGCUCCAGGGCCUGGGCAGUGAAUUCGUGUUUCAGUUCAGAGCUGGGGAGGAUUGUGGCAGUGUUUGGGCAGGGCCCUUUGUCCCUUCCUGCCUGUUUCUGUGUGAGGGUGAUCAGUUCCUGUCCCACGUUCUCCGAGCUGCUGGAGGGGGUGAACCAGAGCUGCCCUGCCUGGGGAAUUCCCAACCUCCCCCUGAGCCUGGAACGCCCAGGACCCAGAGGGUGGAGCUGUAAACCUCAGUGUACCCAGUGCUGACACUUGUCCUGCUCCCAUCAGCAUCCACACAAUCAGUCAGGUCACCCCCUCUCCUCUUUUCCAGCUUUUUUAACCUUUUUGAAGACAUUUCUGUUGAUCAGGAACACUUGGUACAAAACACAGGAAGCUGCAAUACACAUCCCUGGGCAGAAGGACUCCAGUAGCAUCCUUGAUGGAACAUCUGUUACCUCAGAUACUCAACCAGCAGGACUGCUUUGCUUUCUCCCUCCUGUUUGUUUUUUUCAGUCCAUCUCUUCGUUACCUCUCGAGUUUGGUGAGCGAUUACUUUGACUUUCCUCUUUGUAUUUGUCAGUGUUUUGGGCACAGGUUGUUGUACUACUGUCAAAAGGCACUUGCUGCUUUUCUGCAAGUGCCAAAAAAAAAAAAAAACCAACCAACCCCCCCCUCGCCCUCAAUAAAGUGAUUGUUAAAUAUUGUACAAAUACAAAUGUAUACUCUGCCCUCUUCCCCAGCGGGAAAAUAAAAAAUGUGACUACUCUGA